AUGAAGAGUAAUCUGAAACAAGCAUUAGAGCAUAUUGCUCAGGGUGUUGUCGAACAAAGUGAUGCUUUAAGUACGCUAUCUGACCAAGUAGCUGUGCUAGAGUCACAGCAACACGAAGUCAAAACAGAGACAGUCAGGAUUCUUGCCUUGGUAGCAGAAGUCGUCCAUGAGCAGGGGAUAUUCGCCAAUGAAUUCAACGAUCUCUACCGUGUUUGGGCCCCAAAGUUGCAUGCAAGCGAGCCCGUGCCUGCGGGUAUUUCUCGAAGACUGCGAGAAUGGCAUUGUCUUUUCUCACGCAGAGUCCAUUAUCUUAGCCAAGCAGCAACGUCACUGGUCGAAAAGACAAACAUCUACAAAGAGGCAGCGCGAAGAUCAACAAGCCACAUCCAAGUAUUCCAUCGCGAUAGAAUACUGCAACUGAAUAUGCAAAUUGCCAAAAUACAGACCGAUUGCGCUUUGGAAGCAGGGCGCCUGGAAGCAUGGCGACAGAAAAUACUAUCAGCGAGAGAUGGGUUGCACAGAGAAGUUUCUGAUUUCAACGGCGAAAUCGAUCAAAUCCAGGCCAGAAUUGACGACCAAAGCAAAGAUAAAAAAGGCCUGGGAUUUUCCAUUGCCGGCACUGGGCUGGGAGUCAUCGGAAUGGGCUUGGGAACUUUGUGUCCCCCCCUUGGUGCAGCUGCUGGUGUCAUCAGCAUUACUUCUUCCAUCACAGGACUUGUUCUCACAAAGUCAAAGAGAUCCAAAUUCAAGGAGAUUGAGAAAGAAGUCGACAACAUCCACCACAGGUCGCAGCAGAUCAACAAUGAAAUCGAGAAAAUGAACCAAGAGGCAAUGUUCUUCAGUGAGCAGUCCAUCGAAGUAAACACAGUUUACGAAGGUGUCCAAAAACUACUUAAAGAUUUUGAUCCUAUCAAAGUAAUGGCCGAGGCUUUGGAGAGAGCCACCAUUAAGCGUUGUUCUAUCAGCUCUUCUUUGAGCUUGAGAGUAUCUGGAAUACUAUCCAGCAGUACAGCUCUCGAAAUGGUCAUGAAUUAUGAAAACUUAAUGGACUGUGCGGAAGCUAUUCUUUCGGACUUUUCAUACUCAACUCAAGAAGAUCGUCAACCAUUGAUUGAGUGGGAAAUAUCUACGCCAGAUCUUCCAGCUAACGGGACGGAUAAUCUAGCACUAAACCAGGUGCUCGCCGACCUCAAAACAGGUCUCGGUGAAAUCAGACUACAUGGAAACAUAAUGGAAAACUUUCGACGCCUUGAGGACAGGGACGAUUACCACGAGAUGAUGAAACCAAGACUUUUGGACAUGUGA